AUGUCUCAUUGGGUCUACUUCCCCACCCCGCCUCUUCCGCCCGCCAUAUACGGGAACCCAGUGACAAAAGAUGACCUGGUCUAUGUGAAGUUAUACUUUACAAUCUUGAUAGGUCGACGAUCUGUGCAAGUCGGGAAUCAUGAUCAACCUCUUCUCUCCAUUCCAAAGUGGCAGCUACACUCGUUCAAACUUCGAGACGAUAACUGGAUCCCUUUCAUUUCCUUUGUUUGUUUUGCGAUGACCAAUUCUCAAGGCAACUUGUAUCGUCAUCAGGAUCCAAACCAGACACCGCUCACCGAUGCAGAUGCACCCUCUCUCCGCUCAUCGCAAGAAGUCAUCCUUCAUUAUGAAUGCACCACGCCAUCUUCAUUUGUGGAUACGGAAAUAGAUGAGCCUUCUACCGCUACCGAGUCUGAACACAGAUCCCCUACAUUCCGUGACGAAGUCCAAGCCAGGGAUGGCUGCUGCCCUUUCACCAAAGCCUCUGCAUUUGAUUCUGAGGCCGCGCACAUUGUGCGCCAUUCAAAAGGAGAUGAGACGCCUAUCACUAUCCAAACUCGUCAGGGGACUGAGGUCACGAUCCUUGACAGCUCUGUUCUCCAUGAUGACCCCGAAAUUCGCCCUGAUUGUGACAUAUACACCCUUCAGUACCUUCGUCAAAAUGUCUUCGACCCCGCAACUCCGCCAUACCGGCUCCUCCCUCGCGCACCAGUCAAAAAAUCACCUCCAAAUGAUGCACCUCCUCAAUUUCUGUUUACCGCUGUAUAUGCCGCGCACUGCUACCACGAAUGGCACACUGCAGGCGAUGAUGCUGGUCAAUUACUGAAAGAUUGGGUAAAGGAGUAUUAUCCGCAAGGCAAAGUCAAACGAGCGGCCCCACCAUCCAUCUCACCCCCUAAGAUCGGAGCCGAUGUCAACAUUUUUUCUGGUGAUCUGACCCUGGAAGAGGUACAUGAAGCCAUAGAUGCAUUAGACGAAGACGAAGCGCGUGUUGCAAUCUUGUGUUUCAUCUCAUCCUUGAGCAAGUCCCAAUGUUCUUCUGCCAAGGUUCCCUCUACCGAUGUUCAACACGAUGUGCUGAAAUGGCUUGAUGAUGUUGUGCCUUGA